CAACUGAAGCUGGCUGGAGCUCAUGUUCUUAUCGUUGGUUGUGGUGGACUAGGGUGUCCGGCUGCUGUCUAUCUUGCUGCUGGAGGUGUCAUUAAUAUCACCCUCGUAGACAAUGACAUAGUUGAGGUUACCAACCUCCACCGUCAAGUAAUGCACUCUGAGGAUAAAGUGGGCUACCCGAAAGUCGAAUCACUUGCUCAGAGGCUGAGAAGCGUAAAUAGCACUGUGCGUAUAGUGACAAAGAAUGUUCGUCUUACCAGCCAAAAUGCCUGCGACAUCAUUUUGGGUCACGACAUUGUUCUGGAUUGCACCGACAAUAUAGCUACGCGCUAUCUUCUAAACGAUGCCUGUGCGGCUUGUGGUCCCAUCCCCUUGGUAAGUGGGAGCGCUCUGCGUUUCGAAGGUCAAAUGACUGUGUAUCUCACUCACCGUCCACCCGAACACGAUUCGUCUGAGUGUGAGACAAAGCGGUUAAGACUGAUUGACAAGGAAAAGGUGCCUUGUUUUCGCUGCAUUAAUCCUUCACCUCCGCCUGCUGUUCAAGCCUGCUCCGACGCUGGGGUUCUUGGUGUUGGCAAUUUCGCCAUAGUUCCUGGUAUCAUUGGAACUCUUCAGGCAGUUGAGGUUAUAAAACUACUGUCAGGAAUUGGAGGCAAGUCACACUACUUAUUUUCCACUGCAUUCAAGCUUGCACCAUUCAACGACGUACCUUGUUUGUCAAUGGCGGGACGUUUACUCGUGUUCGAUUUGGAGCGCAACAAUAUACGAACAGUGAAGUUGCGUCAGGCGCGACCGGACUGCAAGACUUGCAAUUCCAUCAACCGGAUCACACCUGAAGAUGUCAAGAAGACAGAUUACGUCGACUUUUGUGAUGCUUUUUCCCAAGAUAUGCCACGAUCAGGGAAUGCACAGAAAUCCGAAACCCGCAUUUCAGUUCAGGAGCUGAAAGAAAUCCGUGAUUCAAAGAAACCUCAUAUUCUCAUUGACAUCCGGCCUGCUGUUGAAACCGAAAUUUGCCGUUUGACUAAUUGUCUCUACAUACCAUUAAACGAAUUAUACAAGGAGUCAAAUCUAACACUUAUCAGAGACCGAAUCAGAGCUGCCCAUGAGGUUUCUCCAAACACUCCCUUCCCAGUUAUUUUGCUGUGCCGCCGCGGGAACAAGUCGCAUGCAGCAUGUGAGCAAUUUGCUGAGGCUCUCGAGCGAAUUCUUCCUCGGAGCGCGUCGAGUGGCGAUCUGACCUCGUUUACUAAUGGCGAUGCAAAGUCAGUCAUCACAACCAAGGUCUUGGUUCGUGAUGUUGCCGGUGGACUGCAGGCCUGGAGCGAGCAGAUUGACAACGACUUCCCUAUUUACUAG